AAAAUACCAUAUAUAUAACUUAUAAAUUCAAGUCAAUCCAAAAUAUAAAAAUAGCCUAAAUUGUACAAAAAUUCAAAUCAAAUCUCUCCGCUGUGCGUCUCUGUGUUAAAACCCGAUAGGAGCAAUGACUGGGUCGUCAUUUAGCGUGAAGCUGAAAUCGAAAAAAGGUCAAUUCAUUGUCAAUGACUUGAACCAGAAUACGACGCUUGGGGAGCUGAAGGCGAGAAUAGCCCAGGCGACGGCCAUACAGGAAUCGCAGCUGCACGUGCUGGUCGGCUAUCCGCCCAAACCAUUGGACCUCUCGGCAAAUCGGGAAAGCCAAAACCUCAAGACUGUGGGCAUCCACAGCGGCGAGACCUUGAUUGUGGAGGAGAAGGCUGCUGCUACAGCUGCAGCUGCCCCUGCUCCUGCCACAGCCAGUGGCAGCUCAACACUGGAGGAUGACGAGGCGCUGGCGCGUCGUCUGCAAGCUGAGGAGGAUGCGGAGCAUCUGCGUCAAGUGUCCAGCGCAGCUGCAGGCGGCGGCGGAGUCGAAACGAACGCUGUGAAUGUCAUCCAAUCGCUGGAGCCUGUGAUUCCACCCGAAGUGUCCGGGCCGAACGGCAACUUCAAUGGCAUCCUACUGAAAAAGGUGGUGCCGGCGGAUAACUCCUGCCUCUUCACGAGCAUUCGCUUCGUGCUGAACGGCAAGGUGGACAACGAGGGCAGCGAGAUGAUGCGACACAUCAUAGCGCAGGAGGUGUCCGCCGACACGACCCAAUACAGUGACGCCGUGUUGGGCAAGUCAAAUGCAGAAUAUUGCGCCUGGAUCCAGAAGGCCGACUCGUGGGGCGGUGCCAUUGAAGUGUCCAUUCUGUCCAAUUACUACGGUAUUGAGAUCGAUGUGGUGGACAUACAGAAUGCUAUAAUCAAUCGCUUUGGCGAGGACAAAAACUUCGGACUGCGCGUCUUCCUGCUCUUCGAUGGCAUCCACUAUGAUCCGCUGUACAUGGAGACGCUACAGAACUCGGUGCCUGCCACCAUCUUCCCCGUGGAGGAGAUGGGCGUCUACCAGCAGGCCGAGCAGAUAGCCAACGAGGCCAAGUCCUCGCGCCAGUUCACCAACGUGGACAAGUUCACGCUGCGCUGCAUGGACUGCGACGUGAUGCUGGUGGGCCAGGUGCAAGCCCAGGAGCACGCCAAGUCGACCGGCCACACGAACUUUGGAGAGAUUUAAUACGUCCUGAUAAUCGGCACCAUCUACAUUUUAGCCUUCAUUCUGUUUGCCUACUACCUACUCACAACCUAAAGAUGAUCCCGAACUGAUCAUCCUCAUACCCGAGCGUGGCAAUAUCGUUGGUGCACCCCCACCGCUUCUAGCUAAAUUUUACAGCAUGUUUUUUUGUUUUUCUCAUAUUUAAAUUAUUUAAAAUGCAACACAAUUAGUUCAUUUCUUUAUCCCCUCUUGGAUCGCAAUAAAAAUUCACAUUUAUUUAAACUAGAA